AUGGCCAGUGUUUGGUGGAGGCAACGUCGACCGACGUUGUCCAUUCGAUUACAGCAAUUUGGCUGGCCUCACGAGACGAACGGCCUGCGCAUGCUUGAACUCGAUCAAAUAAACACUUUCCUCAAUCCUCUCCGAUGGCCUGGCUGCAUCGGAGCUGAUGGGCUGGCGGUAUCACAUGUCCUUCUCUUGCCCGAUUUCACACCGCAUCGCCCUUUCUGCCUCUUUUUGACCAUUUUACCAGAACCACUUGCU